GGGCGGGCAGCGCUCAGCCGGGACCAGAGCCAGUUUUGCCUCAGACUCCCAGGAUGGAGCCCCUGGAAGUGCCCCCAGCAGAGCCUCCCGUGCUGGAAACCCCCCAGAAGUUCUUCCUGCGGGUCAAGUGGCAGCAGCAGCAGCAGCACCAAGCUACACCACCUUCAACCCAAAGGCAGCAGAAUGUUCCUCCUUGCAGAGGUGCAGAGGAUGCCUCAGUGCAGGCUGCUUGUGCUGAGCAGGCAGGGAAUGGGCCUGCAGGGGAGCUGGACUCUGAUAAGGAUGAUGUGGAUGUUUUCCUGGUGGAAUCUGUCGAGGUGGAUGCUGAUGAAGAAAUGUCUCAAAGGACAGUGGCUUCUCCUCUGCAAGUGAAAUCCCCGCCUUGGGAAAAUGGGGAUCAGGCAAAAGGAAGGUGGAGAAAUGCAGAAGCAAAAUGUACAGAGCUUCGUGAGGACAGGAGAGAGCUGCAGCCCAGCAGAAAAGCAGCUGCUCCAGCAGUGGAAAAGGCACCAGAGACCAAUCCUGCAAACCCCUCGCAGCCCUUCUGUAGCAUCUUGCUCUCCUCUCCAGUCCACAUCCCAAGGAAGCAGAAGUGGGCAGAAGACCCCAAGGUCCCUUUGGAUAAAGCUCCUGCUGACCAACCUGCUGGCCAAGCACACAAAGAGAAAAACAUCUGCCUGAGCAGCUGGAGGAUUAAAGUGCUGGCUGGAAACACGGCAAUCUGUGUGGAAGGGAAAAGGAAGGACAUGAGGCAGCAGCUGUGGCACAGCAGCGCCGUCACGGAGCGCGUCACUCACAACCAGGUGCAGACCUGCUCGGGAGCCGUGUACCUGCUGCAGGGCAGGAUUGACUCUGCUGCCAUGAGGAGGGAAGGGUUCCAUUACCGCUUCAUCAAGAAAUUCACGUUUGGCUUCUCCAGAAGGUGGAAGGAGUACGUGGAGGAGUUGCUGGAGGAAAGGAGGAGGAAAGAACGAGCUCAAGAGAGUGGUGGGGAGGAGAAUGAGGAGAAUGAGGAGAAUGACUCUGUGGAGGGAGCUGAUGUGUUGGAACCUGCAGGAGGCUCAGUGAGCAAAGCCAGGAAACCUGCACUGAGGAACGCCACCUAUGAGGUGUCACCAGAGAACCAUGAGAACAUCUUGGUGACACCAAGCCCCAGCUGCAGGCAUGACUCCAGCAUGGUGUACACGCGCAGCGGGCGCCUCGUCAAACCCCCCCUGAGCUACUGGUGUGGCCAGAGGGAGUUUGUGGAUCAGGGGCUCAAUGUCACCAUACAGAAUGGAUGGGUGGAUUAUCUGAACCUGAUCCCUAGUAGUGAAAAACCCAAAAGAAAGACCAGGUUCAUCUCCAAGAAUAAACAAAAGGAAGACAUGAAGACAACAAAGGAAAUGCCAAAAAGCCAAAGUAAAGCAGCUGCAAUGUUUCCUGCAGAAAAGCUCUCUGGAGCAGAGCAGAGCUCUGGGGAUGUGCCUGCUCAGUCAGUAGAGUUUCGGAGAGCCCUUGAGAGCAGCUCUGAGUUUGUAGUUUGGCAGGUAACGCUCUGGAGGGGGUGCAGGUGCCUGUGCUGCCAGCACGGCAGGAGCCGCCCUGCGCCCUGACGGCUCCCUCCUCCCUCUCUUGCAGGGAAGAGCCGCGAGAGAGGAGGAGCCGCUCCCCGAGGGGAGCCCAGGCCUGGCAGCAGCAGGAAGGGCAGGCAGGUCCCGUCGGAUGAGGAGGAGAAUGAUCCUGGAGGCAGGGGCACAGAACCCAAACCAGCCCAGCUCCCUGCCAGGGGCGCUGCCUCAAAGGCCAAGGAGCUGAACAAGCACGGCAGCAGAGCCCCGGGGGCAGCAGGGAGAGCAGCAGCAUCUGCAGGGCUGAGCAUGUACGAGCAGGGCUACAGGAACUCCCUCAGGUCAGCCAAGGACAGGAUUCUCCUCACCCAGCAGCCCUCAGAGGAUGAGGAGGAGCAGUCCAGUGAGGACACCCCACUGCUGAUCAGGAGGAAGAAGAAGGCUAUAUCGAAACCAAAAGAGUCUCGAGAGCGGAAUCCUUGCCCUGGCUCCAGAGGUUGCAGGGAUGAUGCAAGCAAGGCCUGUGGCCAAAGGACAGCAAAGCCCUCCCGGCAUGUGCUGGUGAGGCUGAGUGGGCCCUGGUCCAGUGAGGAGUCUGAGCCCCCUUCUGAAGGGAGAGCAUCCUCUGAGUGCAGUGCUUCCCUCCUGCCUGCCCGGGCCACGAGGGCACGGGGCAGUGCCAGCCCUGCCAGGCUCCGGCUCCGUUCCGACACCGAGCCCGAGGAGAUGCCCGGCGAGGGCACCAACGCCACAGCACCCCCCGUGAAAACAAACCAGGGAGGCCCCAGCACUGCCAGGCCUGCAGCAGCAAAACCCAGAGACACGAGGGGGCAGAAAUCUCUGGAACUCUUUGCAAGGCCAGGUGAUGACUGGUCUGAGAAGGAAUUACAGAAGCUUCACAAGGCCAUCGCGGCGUUCCCCAAGCACAGGAGCGGCUUCUGGCAGGAGGUGGCCAUGGCCGUGGGCUCCCGCUCGGCCCAGGAGUGCCAGGGCAAGUUCCUGGAGGAGCAGCAGGGGAGAGCCAACAAACAGCAGCCCAGGAAAACCACAGCGGGAAAAGCUGAGAGCAAAGAUCCUGCAGAUAAGAAGGAGCCAGUGAUCACUGCCAAGGUGGGCACCCUCAAACGGAAGCAGCAGAUGAGGGAGUUCCUGGAGCACCUGCCCAAGGACAACCACGACGACGUCUUCUGUGCAACUCCCUUCCAGAAGAGGAGGGUCCAGCUGCCAGCACUGCGAGGGAGCCGCGACGGGGACGCCGAGGAUUUCACCCUCUCGGAGCUCCCGCUCAGCCCCUCCUCAGGCCUCUUUCCCCCUGUGAGAACCCCACAGUGUGAGCACAUCAGCCCGGGAAUGCUGGUCCCCAUCAACAGGUAGGAGCUCUUCCAGCAGCUCUCUGUGAGCCUUGGCAUUGCCCAGGAUCCCUUUUUGUCUCUGAGAAAGGUGGCUUUGGAGCUGGGACAGCAGCUCGCUUCCACCUCUCCUGCAGCCUUGCUUAGCCUGGGAAAAGCUGUUCCCUGCAGCCUGUGUGCUGCUGGAGCUGCUCAGCUCCCAGCCCUGGGAAUGGCCCUGGAUUGGCCUUCAGCCUCAGCAGAGCCUUCAGUCCUGCCCUGUUCAGCCAGGGCUUCAGGCUCUGCUCUGACAACCAGAGCAUCUGGGAGCCUGGAGCCACU